AUGGGCGCCAUACGCAACACCAACCGUGGCUACGCUACAAGGCAAAGCAAAACCAUGAACCACGUGGUUCCAUACAACCAAGAGUCACGUCGUAAACGGUCCGCCAGCUCUCCUUCCAACACGCGAGACUCGGGAUACGGUUCGCUGGAAUCAUGCCGGGAGAGUCAAGAAUCCCCAGAAGAAUCUGAUGAGCCUGCAAGGCCCAUUGAGCUUCGCGAGCUGCCCUCCAACAUCAAGAAAACAGGGCGUCCCUUUGCCAACCUGUGCAUGAACUAUGAUGGAAAUUCUUCCGAAGACGAUGAUCAACCCAAGGACGACGGUGAACAAACUCCAAUAACCGGAAGCUCGCCGGAGACUAUCACACGUCCACCCACAAGACUACACAGAAACACAGUCGCUCUGACCGUCAACUACCCUCGCCCACGACCUGCACUUUCUACAUCGCUUUCGUUUGACGCCAGCCCGGCCCUUCCGCGAAGAACUACCAACGGCUCUCCUGUAGCCAGCUUUUCCUGGUCCCGAUCACCAGACCGUUUCAUUCCUGCCAGACCCAGAGAGAGAGAAACUCAGACGGAGAGGUACAGGACUAGGAAGCCAGCGAACCAACUGACCCGAGCCGAGAAGCUUCUGCGGCACAAGGGAGCCGCCGAAGACGCCUUUUGCUCCCCUCGUCGCGUUCCUAGUGCUCCCAUAUUUGGCGACCUUCGGGACCGGGGAGAGCCUGUUCAUCAUGAUGGCAUUAGAUAUGUCCCAACUCCCACUGUUCUCGGACCUAGGGAUCUGAAUGGCACCCACAACGGCGACAGACAGAUCAGCUACGGCGCAGUAUGGGGUGUUGGGGGUCUUGGUCCUGGAAACACCGCUGUUGACAAUGGUCGAGGUCAGCUGGUCACGAGUAGUACAAACGCCAGGCAUUUUCAGUCCAACUUUCCCACACUGCAACCAAGACCCGACGAGCAACGGGAGAAAUACGGUGCGCGCCUUGCGGUGGCUCUCGGCCUGGAUAGAGCCGAGAAGGUACUUAGGGUCAGUCUCCCUCGACAGGUCGAUGCCAACAACCUCAGCUCCCACGGCCUCACCAAAUGGAACGGCGUUCAAUGGGUCAAGGAUCACCCAACAACAGCCGCGGCAUCUGGCAAGCCAUCUAAGAAGCGCAAGCUACCAUUUGCACCGUUCAAAGUCCUCGAUGCUCCCAGCCUACGAGACGACUUUUAUUGCUCUGUCCUGGCUUUUUCAUACAUCAACAGCACCCUUGCUAUCGGGCUGGGUGACAUGGUGUACGGCUGGUCUGAGCACGGCGGUGUACAGCUGUUGAACGGCAGUGCGCGACCCUCGCAGUACGAAUACCUCGACGGUCCCAGUCAUAUCACGAGUGUCGCCUUUUCGAGCACCGAAGGGGAAGCAGCUAUCUUGGCUGUUGGAAGGUCGAGUGGCAUGUUGUCACUUAUGUCAUUGAAAGAUAAGCCGGACCGCGGCGAAAGACAUGGGGCAGGCCGAAGACCUCGAUUCGAACUGUCGAUGGAGUCGCCCGUCUCUUGUCUCAGCUGGAGGCCUUGCCUCAACAAAGAAAGGGCCGACAAGUGUAUGCCUCCCGAGGACCGGGAAUCCUUCGCGUACCGGGCUUCUUGGACCCAUGAGGACUUGCUUGUCGGGACUGACGAAGGUCGCGUGCUCCUGUAUGCGGUCGAUUGGCCAAGUCCGGAGGAGAAGGAGUUGUGGGGCUUGGAUGGCAGAGUAACUCUCUUGCUGAACAUCCAGGUCCAUUCCCAACAGAUCUGCGGAUUGGCUUGGUGCCCCAAAGGGAAUUACUUUGCUACAGGGGCCAACGACAACCUGUGCUGUCUUUUUGACUACGAGGAACUAUGCAACAAUAUGAACAACGCUGCUGAUGAGUCUGGCUUGCACAAUGGGUCUACAGUCGAGACUGUCGAGACCGACAUUCCUCAACAGGAGCCUCCGAGUGACGACACUACAGGGUCAAGACAGAUGCCUGAAAGCCAAAUCCGAUACAUCAAGUCGGACGGAGUGAAGCACAAGUGGAGGCAUGGGGCUGCGGUCAAAGCCAUUGCCUUUUGCCCCUGGCAGGACGGACUUGUUGCAACAGGCGGAGGAUCCAACGACAAGUGUAUACACUUUUUUCACACCAAAUCAGGCUCAGCACUGGCAACCAUCUCUGUAUCGGCUCAGGUCACCAGCUUGAUCUGGUCCACCACUCGAAGGGAAAUCGCAGCCACGUUUGGGUACGCGUCGCCCGAGCACCCGGUCCGCAUCGCCGUCUUUUCGUGGCCGGACUGUCGCCAGGUCGCGGCCGUGCCAUGGCCCAGUGAGCAUCGUGCGCUGUAUGCUAUUCCCUAUCCUAGUGGUCCUGAGGAGGAGAAGCGGACUGAGAAGGGCUACUUGGAUGAGCUGAACCCCAAGAGGCGCUACAAGAUGGAAGGCUGCAUUAUGGUCGCGGCAAGCGAUAAUAGCGUCCGGUUUCACGAAGUGUGGGGGCGAGACGACAAAGUGGCCACUAUGGGCGGCGUCGGCAUGCUGGGGGGCAGCGACAUCUUGGAGGGUCUCGAGGGGAUUGACAAGGAGGGGGAUGUUAUUCGUUGAUUGCUUGGGGUUGAAUGUCAUUGCUCAGGAGAGUAUUUGGACACAAACACACAAGACCCUGCUGUACAAGGGGGUGACUUUUGCUGUGGACGAAAAUCCACAUUGCUACACAACCGGAAGGAGAAGAAGGAACAAAACACACCAGAUGGACGAGAAAUUGAAGAGAUGAGGAUGGAUGCAGAUAGUCAGUCCCGAUAAAGAAUGCACAUAAACAACAAGCUUUUGACUUUGCAACAUUCUUUUGUUCUCUCCCCCUCUCUCUCUUUGGGGUUUUUUUUUUUUGGCCCAUGUUGAUGUUGAUGAGGUGAGGAGAAUCAGCCGUGUAGAUAAUUUUGUUUGUUGAUAGCGAGCAGAAACAAGAAAUUGGUAGCGUCAAAAUCAAAGAUGGAGUCGAACUUUUGAUGAAGAGAUAAUAGCAAAACAUCAAAAAGUUAU